AUGGUUUUGCAUGACCCGAGGGGGGUCGUGAAUCAUCGCGUGGUUCAGUUCAUUCUGUUCACAUGUCUUCACUCCGUGUCCGCCUGUUUUUUGAUGAUCGGAUUUGGCAGACGUUUUGGUGUCUCGCAGUGGAUCCAGCUACCACGGAACCCAGCGUCACGUUUGGGUUCCGCUUUGGACCCAAACGUUCAUGUUGGCAACAUCCAAACCCUCAGAACGUGGAGCUUCCUGAAGUGUGCAUUCAGCGACCCAGGCUUCGUACCCCAGUGGUGGUUAGACGAGCACCAGCACUGUCGGGCGGAGCCCAGCUUCUUCGGGUGGCAACCAGGGCGGGUCUCGAGCUGCGCCAAAUGCCAAGUGGUGCGACCGGAGCGUGCGCACCAUUGUAGCGUUUGCGGCAAGUGCGUCCUGCGAAUGGACCAUCACUGCCCCUGGGUUGGAAACUGUGUUGGUGCCAAGAACCACAAGUACUUCAUUCUGAUGCUGGCGUAUGGCAUCAUCUCGGCCAUCACCUAUGCCUCCUCGGCCUAUCCCAUCCUCUCGGCGAUGCUCGGCCGCGGCCACGGUCGAUGGACCAUGGGAAACUUGGGUGCUGGCGGAUGGGGCCUCUUCAGCAUGGGUGCAGUCUUAUCGGCCUCCCUAGGCUUGGCCAUGAGCAUCCUUUUCCUCUCACACCUUUGGCUGAUGGCGGUGAACCGCACCUCCAUCGAAGUGGCCUACUCGGGCAGGACCAGCCUACGAGGGCGAAGGGUUUUGGCCCGCGAGGCUGCACAGCUUUGUGGGCGCUGUGGCGUGGACUGGUUGCUGCCGAUCGCUCCGUUGAGGCCCACCAGCGACGGCUGCAAGUUCCUCCCGGACUACAACCGCGUGGAUCCGGAGAUCGGACUGUGA